AUGCGUAUUUCAAUCACCUUGCUUGCGCGACAACAUUUGAAUCGCGCAUGCGUGCUGGUCCCUUUAUCGGUAGCAGCGAAAAUGGCGUCGGUUACAAAUUACAGUGGCUAUAAUCAGGCUGGUGCCCAGCAAGCGUACGGCUCAUAUGCAGCCCAGCCUGCUCAGGGAUACGGACAAACACAGGCACAGCAGGGUUAUACUCAGCAGGACUAUGGGUCAUACGCCCAGCCUGCCGCAGGCGACUCUGCUUACAGCCAGACAGCAUCCUCUGCUGGAGGAUACACGCAACAGCAGUAUGCAGCCUCGUACGGACAAUCCACCGCUCCAGCUGCUUACGGUGCUCCUCAGGCCGGAACUCAGGGCUACUCUCAGCCUGCGCAGGCCUACGGGACUAGCAGCUACACCAACACCCCCACCACCGCUGCUCCACCUGCCACUCAGGCGUCAUACGGCACACAGCCGGGAUACAGUGCCCAGACCGCUUACUCAGGAUACAGCCAGCAGGCCGCCUCGGCUCCACAGAGUUACAGCGGCAGCACUCAGCCUGCCUACACCCAGGGCGGCUACCAGGCCCAGCAAUCGGCCUACGGUGGGCAGCAGCAGGCCGCCUACCCUCAAGGUCCACCCCAGCAGCCUCCAUCUACAGCCUACCCUCCUCCAUCCAACGGAUCCUACUCUCAGUACAGCCAGCCUGGAGCUCCUCAGGGCGGCUACGACCAGCCUGGACCCUACGGUGGUUACAGUCAGGGUGGUGUGAGUGGAGGUUACGGUGGCUCUCAGCCGCCGCAGCGUGGAGGUUACCCCGGUGACGGUGGCGGUCGUGAUGGCUACGACAGGCCAGGGAUGCGCGGCGGACCUCGGGGUCGUGGCCCGAUGGGUCGUGGCAUGGGCAUGGCUGGAGACAGAGGUGGCUUCAGUAAGCCUGGUGGACCCAUGAGGGACGGAAUGGAGGGACACCCCGGAGAGCAGGACGAGUCGGAGAACAGCACCAUCUACAUCACGGGGCUGACCGAGAAGGUCACACUUCCCGACAUGGCCGACUUCUUUAAACACUGCGGCACCAUACGGAUAAACCGUCGCCUGAACCAGCCGGCGAUCAACAUCUACACUGAUAAAGACUCGGGCAAACCGAAGGGAGACGCCACUCUGUCCUACGACGAGCCUUCCUGUGCCAGAGCCGCCGUGGAGUACUUCAACGGUAAGGAGUUCCAGGGCCGGAGGCUGAACGUGUCGAUGGCCCGGAGGAAGACUGUACCAGGGCUGAUGAGGGGAGGAAUGCCCAUGAGAGGAGGUCCAAACAUGAUGGAUCGUGGAGGUAUGAUGGGACGGGGCGGAGACAGAGGUGGGUUCCCUCCUCGUGGAGGUCCUCGGGGUGCCAUGGCCUGGGGAGGACCACCGGGAGCCAACAAUGUCCCGAAGAGAGCUGGAGACUGGGAGUGCCCCAACCCUGGUUGUGGGAACCAGAACUUCGCCUGGAGGACAGAGUGUAACCAGUGCAAAGCUCCGAGACCUGAGGGCAUGGCACCUCCUGCAGGAGGAGACCGGGGCAGAGGCGGGAUGCUGCGUGGAGGUAGAGGGAUGGAGCGUGGUGGACCAGGGGGCAUGCGUGGAGGCUGGGUCGGAGAACCCGGUGGCUUCAGGGGCGGCCGAGGAGGAAUGGACCGAGGAGGGUUCAGAGGAGGAAUCCGGGGAGGACCGCCCAUGGACCGUGGAGCGAGGAGAGGAAUGGGACCGGGAAAGAUGGAUAUGAGGGAUCAGCGUCAGGAGCGCAGAGACAGACCGUACUGAAGCGUUUCUCUUUCACAGUGAUGAACGAGUGUAAAAGCUUUUUUUAACUGGUCUUUUUAAUUCCGAGUCCAUAUUUAUACAUGGUUCUCCCAUCACAUCUGCCUGCGUGACUUCAUUAUUACUUUUCAUUUAGGAGUUUCAUUUGACCUUAAGUUGUUUAGUUUUUUUUCCUCCUCUCCUUUAUUUUUCCCUGUACAUUUCCUCCAUCUUGUCUGUUUUGUUUUUUAUGAUAACUAUAACCACUUCUCCUCCAUGCAGCUAUGUACUACUUAACCUUUUUUUUUUUUUAAUAAACUUCAACUGGCUUGACUUUUAA